GGCAAGCUUUCAAUUCAGCAAACCGGGGGAGUUACGCGGCAGCUCCGCGGGCCUCCCCGGACGUCCGUUAGAAACGGACCGGGACGCGUAAACCGCACGCCGCGCUGGACACCGCCGGCCGGUCGGCCGACACGCACCGGCCCCUGUCUGUCCCCCGAGGGGCGCGGCCGUGCGGGUAACGAGGACCUCACGCGGUCCCGAUACCGCUGCUGCCGGCUCCGGCCCGCACAGGCUCCCCCGGCUGCUGUCCCCGCCGGGAGCCACACGCGCGCACGGCUCUGUCACUUCCUCCGCCGCCCCUACCUCACCACCACCACCACUGCGGCGUGAACCCCAAACCCCCAGGACUCACGCCGGACGCCCCUCAGCUGGCAGGGACGCUGUCCUCACCCCCAGGAUGUACAGAACCAAAGUGGGCCUGAAGGACCGCCAGCAGCUGUACAAGCUCAUCAUCAGCCAGCUGCUCUAUGACGGCUACAUCAGCAUCGCCAACGGCCUCAUCAACGAGAUCAAGCCGCAGUCGGUCUGUGCGCCCUCCGAGCAGCUCCUGCAUCUCAUCAAACUAGGAAUGGAAAAUGAUGAUACCGCCGUUCAGUAUGCGAUCGGCCGAUCAGACACAGUUGCCCCUGGCACAGGGAUCGACCUGGAAUUUGAUGCAGAUGUCCAGACCAUGUCCCCAGAGGCUUCCGAGUAUGAAACGUGCUAUGUCACAUCUCAUAAGGGACCGUGCCGCGUGGCUACCUAUAGUAGAGAUGGGCAGUUGAUCGCCACGGGCUCUGCCGAUGCCUCCAUAAAGAUACUUGACACCGAAAGGAUGUUGGCCAAAAGUGCCAUGCCGAUAGAGGUCAUGAUGAAUGAGACUGCACAACAGAAUAUGGAAAACCACCCCGUGAUUCGAACUCUCUACGACCAUGUGGAUGAAGUCACAUGUCUCGCUUUCCACCCAACAGAACAGAUCCUGGCCUCUGGCUCGAGGGAUUAUACUCUGAAAUUAUUCGAUUAUUCCAAACCAUCUGCAAAAAGGGCCUUCAAAUAUAUUCAGGAAGCGGAGAUGUUGCGCUCCAUCUCUUUCCACCCUUCCGGAGACUUCAUCCUCGUCGGCACUCAGCACCCCACCCUCCGCCUGUAUGACAUCAACACCUUCCAGUGCUUUGUGUCCUGCAAUCCUCAGGACCAGCACACCGACGCCAUAUGCUCUGUCAAUUACAAUCCGAGUGCCAACAUGUAUGUGACUGGCAGCAAGGACGGCUGCAUCAAGCUGUGGGAUGGAGUCUCUAACCGGUGCAUCACGACUUUUGAGAAGGCACAUGAUGGGGCUGAAGUUUGCUCUGCCAUUUUUUCCAAAAAUUCUAAAUACAUCCUCUCAAGUGGAAAAGACUCUGUUGCUAAACUUUGGGAAAUAUCAACAGGACGAACGCUGGUCAGAUACACGGGUGCGGGGUUGAGUGGCCGGCAGGUGCACCGGACUCAGGCCGUGUUCAACCACACCGAGGACUACGUGCUGCUGCCGGACGAAAGGACGAUCAGUCUCUGCUGCUGGGACUCGAGGACAGCCGAGCGGAGAAACCUGCUCUCCUUGGGGCACAACAACAUCGUGCGCUGCAUCGUGCACUCACCCACCAACCCCGGCUUCAUGACGUGCAGCGACGACUUCAGAGCGCGCUUUUGGUACAGGAGGUCGACCACUGACUGAGCGCUGUGGCGCGGAGGGUUCUUUCCCCAAGGACUCCGCCCUCCCUCCCCGUGCCCUGUUUCCAGCUCCAGUAGUAAGGCAUUGUACCAUCUCUGGCAGUGUGCUGCCACCUCUGUCGACAUCCUUGGAUUUGUACAAGAGAAUCUUUUUUUACCUUGAUGUAUAAUCAUGGUGGAAAAAGCUGGAAACAGAUCCGUGCAGUUCUACAUUCACUGAUUAUUACAGUGUGAUUUUCAUCGGCUUUGUACAUACAGGACUUGCUGUUUCUUUUGAAUAUCUCGAUCAUUUGAAGGAUAGAGAAUUAAAGUGCUUUCUAGAUCACAAGGGAGUCUGUCAUCGAGAAUUUUCCUUUGGUCAGCCUUCCCGCCUGUGCUGCUCCUCUCUGUGUUUGCAGAUACGUUUGGCAGGUGCGUAGGCAUUUAGCUGUGAGGAUCUGCGGCACUGCCGCACUGAAACCAGUUUUGAGAAUCCCUUGAUUCUAUCCGGAAGUGACAUCAUUCUAAUAAAGCUCGGACCUGCAGUGUCA